AACUCCCAGAGCCCGUCUCCCCCGAGCAGCUCCAUCGCCUACAGCUUGCUAAGCACCAGCUCCGAGCAGGACAACCCCUCCACCAGCGGCUGCAGCGAGCAGUCCGCGCGGGUGAAGACCCAGAAGGAGCUGAUGAAGGCCCUGAAGGAGAUGAAGAUCCGGCUGCCCUCGGAGAAACGCGGCAAGGGCCAGUCGGGCACCUUGGCCACCUUGCAGUACGCGCUGUCCUGCGUCAAGCAGGUCCAAGCCAGCCACGACUACUACCAGCAGUGGGCCGUCGCCGGCAGCCAGCCCGGCCCCCCGGACGCGGCCACCUACACCGUCGCCGAGCUGGAGGCCAUGACCUCCGAGUACACCCUCAAGAACCCCGACACGUUCGCCGUGGCCGUCUCCUUCGUCACCGGCAAGAUCCUCUACAUCUCGGACCAGGCGGCCUCCGUCCUGCGCUGCAAGAGGGACGUCUUCAAGGGGGCCCCCUUCGCCGACUUCCUGGCCCCCCAGGACGUCAGCAUCUUCUACGGCUCCACCGCCCCCUACCACCUGCCCUCCUGGAGCGCCUGCACCUCGGCCACUGCGGCCGCCGUGGACUACACCCAAGAGAAAUCGGUCUUCUGCCGGAUCAGUGGAGGCCGCGGCCGCGGGCGGGAGCUCUCCUACGCCCCCUUCCGGCUCACCCCCUACCUGGCCAAGGUGCGCCCCGCGGCCGGCGCCGAGGGCCACCCCUGCUGCCUGCUCGUCGCCGAGCGCAUCCACUCGGGAUACGAAGCUCCCCGGAUCCCGCCCGACAAACGGAUCUUCACCACCAGACACACGCCCAGCUGCUUGUUCCAGGACGUGGACGAGAGGGCUGCCCCCCUGCUGGGUUACCUCCCCCAGGACCUGAUUGGCACCCCCGUCCUCUUCUACCUGCACCCGGAGGACAGGCCGCUCAUGCUGGCCAUCCACAAAAAAAUUCUCCAGUGCGGCGGGCAGCCCUUCGACCACUCCCCGCUCCGGUUCUGCACCCGCCACGGCGAGUACGUCACCGUCGACACCAGCUGGUCCAGCUUCGUCAACCCCUGGAGCCGCAAGGUCUCCUUCGUCAUGGGGCGGCACAAAGUCCGCACGGGUCCCCUCAACGAAGACGUCUUCACGGCCCCCAAGGUGCUGAAGAUGCGGCCGCCGGAGCCCGACGUCCAGGAGCUCUCGGAGCAGAUCCACCGGCUGCUGCUUCAGCCUGUGCACGGCAACGGCUCUCUGGGGCUCUGCAGCAGGGCCAGCAACGCCUCCCACGAGCAGUUCCUGAGCGCGGCCUCCUCCAGCGACAGCAACGGGCUCCCCGCCGAGGAGACGCCGGCCCAGCGGCCGAUGACCUUCCAGCAGUUCUGCAAGGACGUGCACAUGGUGAAGAACCAGGGCCAGCAGGUGUUUAUCGAGUCCCGCACCAAGCCGCCGGCGGCCAAGCCCCCCAGCGCAGGCCUGGAGACGCCCCAGGACGGCGACGGGCCGGGCAGGGAGGCCCCGUGUGAGGCGCUGCAGGGCCCGGGCCAAGUGGUCUCUUCCGAGGAGUCCGGCAGGAAGGAGCCCUCCAGUUACUCCUACCAGCAGAUCAACUGCCUGGACGGGAUCAUCAGGUAUCUGGAAAGCUGCAACAUCCCCAGCCGGGUGAAGCGGAAGUGCGGCUCCUCCUCGUACACCGGCUCCUCCAACUCCGACGACGACAAGCAGCGGGCAGGCCGGGAGGCGGCCGGCUCGGCAAAAGAUGCGGCGGAGGAGACGCUGCCGAGCCGGUCCAGGAGGGAGGAGGAGGAGCCCGCCCCGGCGGUGGGACCCCCGCUGGCUUUGCCCAGCAAAGCCGAGAGCGUGGUGUCCCUCACCAGUCAGUGUAGCUUCAGCAGUACCAUCGUCCACGUGGGAGAUAAGAAAGCCCCGGAGUCGGACACGGCGAUGCUGGAGGAGGGCCCCGCGCCCCCCGACCGGGAGCAGUACCGCCGCGUGGGGCUCACCACGGAGGUGCUGUCGGCGCACACCCAGCAGGAGGAGCAGGCCUUCCUCACCCGCUUCCAGGAGCUGAGCCGCCUUCACGUCUUCGACGCGCCGGCCGGGCGCCGCCGGCGGGAGGGGCCGGGCACCGAGCCAGGGCACCGCGGGCCGCGGCGCGGCCGGCGCGGCAAAUCGAAGGCCAAACGCGUCAAGCAGCACCAGCCGUCCGACAGCACCGGCUCCCCGCCCGGCCCCUGGCCCCCCUUCCCCGCCGGGCUGCCCGUCUUCCCGCCCAGCCAGCCCCCCGCCCCCCUGGUGGCCCCCGUGGUGGCCCUGGUGCUCCCCAACUACGUCCUGCCCCCGCCGUACUUCCCGGCCCCCUUCGGGGAGCCCUUCGGCCCCCCCGAGGCCUCGCGCUCCGCCACCCCCGACUCGCCCCCCUUCGACUCCCGCUGCAGCUCCCCGCUCCAGCUCAACCUCCUGCAGAUGGAGGAGGCGCCCAAGGCGGCCGAGCGGCAGGAGGCGCCCGGCGGCCAGGCGGGCGGGACGCCUGGCGCUGGCGAGCUCGGCCCCCAGAAAGAAACCUGCCUGGCGGAAGCUCAGGACUCGUCCAACAACGAUGCUCUGUCGAGCUCCAGCGACCUGCUGGACCUGCUGCUGCAGGAGGACUCGCGCUCCGGGACCGGCUCGGCCGCCUCGGGCAGCGGCUCCAUGCGCAGCGGCUCCAACGGCGGCAGCACCUCCGCCAGCGGCACCACCAGCAGCAAAAGCAGCCGCACCAGCAAGUACUUCGGCAGCAUCGACUCGUCGGAGGCGGAGCGGGCGGGGCAGCCGCCGGGCGGGGUGGGGGCCGGCGAGCAGUUCAUCAAGUACGUGCUGCAGGACCCCCUCUGGCUGCUCAUGGCCAACACUGACGAGAAGGUCAUGAUGACCUACCAGCUGCCCGACCGCCCCGCGGCCGCUGUGCUGCAGGCCGACCGGGAGAAGCUGCGGGAGAUGCAGAAGCAGCAGCCGCGCUUCACCGAGGAGCAGAAGAAGGAGCUGGCCGAGGUGCACCCUUGGGUGAAGAAGGGGCUGCUGCCCAAGGCCAUCAACGUCACGGCCUGCGUGGACUGCGGCAGUAACCCGGCCUCCCGCCUGGCGCCCCUCUACGACACGGAGCCGCACGCCAUGGAGCUGAGCGCCACGCUGGAGCCCAUGGAGGAGGGCGGCGGCGCCCCCCCCUGCCUGGACAUGGCCAUGGAGGAGGAGGAGGCGGGGCGGCCGGCGGCGGGCGCCGAGAACGCCGGCUGAGGGCCCCGGCCCGCCUCGCCCCACACCGCCAGGCAGCGCCGGCGGAGCCAGGCCCCCGCCCGGGCUGGACCAGACGGGCCGGCCCGGCCUCGGCCCCGGGCCGAGCGCAGAGCCGGGCCGGGCCCCGCCCGACCCGACCUCCGGCGGGCGCCCCCCGGAGGCCGGGGCUGGCCCUGCGCAGGGCGGAGUAUUUAUUUUUGGAAGGUGGUUUGUUUUUUUUGUAUGAAAAGACAGGACAAUAAACCGCCGCCGCGGCGGUUCCCCCGCGGGCGGCGACGUCCCGGUGA